AUGCGUCUUUUUGAGGAUCUCCUUCCACCAGACGCACAUUAUGCCCCUUCGAUCCGAUCGACCAUGGCCAGCGAAUAUGACAAUCCCACACCUUGUUGCACACCGCGAGCAGCACCCCAUGUCUUGUUUGUAGCCUGUAUCCUCCACGACAUUGGCACUGCCUCGACCUACAACGACGUGCCGGAGAGAUUCGAGAUUGUCUCGGCCGAUGUUGCUGAAAACCUACUCCGAGCACACGGCAUCCCCGAGAAGGAGGUCCGAGACGCGUGGCUCGCCAUGUCGUUGCAUACCUCUCCCGGGAUCGCAGAGCGGCUGGGAGGGACGGUCCGAGCCCUUCGAUUGGGCGUCAGGGCAGAUUUUGGAAGCUACCCGCCACCGCCGCCGGAAUUAAUCGACACCUGGGCUGAUGUGAUACGCUGGCAGUUACCAAGGCUCGAAAUUGAGAAGGAACUGGGAGAUGCAGUCUGUGAACAGGGCAUCCAGAAUCCUCAGAAGGCUCCGGGAGGAAGCUGGCCGGGUGAUCUGGUGAGGGCGAAGAGGGAUAACCCAGACUGGGAAGGGGUGAAUCGGGGAUUCUGA